UAUAAUCUGUUGUUGUCCGGCACCCGUUUGUAUGUUUGUCACUUUUCAGCUGUAUUCGAUGCUAUAGUCGGUAGUCCCUUUUUUUAUUUUGCAAAAUUAAAAUGCCAAUAAAAUAUUUGUACGUUUAUUGCGAGCUGUGCAUAUCGUGAAACGCGCUUUGUUGUUAUCUCGAACAGUGGCCAGUACUUAACGUAAAAACUUAAUUCGAUAUUUGUUAAAUUAAUUCUCUGCAACAACAUUACAAAUGGCAAAGUUGUCUGCCAAGCUAAAAGCCAUCGAUUACCCCGGGAUCAGCACGUUCGACGAAAGUGAUGAAAAGUGCUUACGUCGACUGGUAGUUUGGUUAGAGGAGAAUAAGUUGUGUUUGUAUAAGCCCAAAGAACGGGCGGAUUUGAAAAAAACUAAUUCUCCCACUUGGAAUGAGGCGUUCAAAAGCUACUGUACAUUAUGUUCCAGCCCAAUAAGCAGUGAUGAAAUAUUGAACCAUAUUGAGUGGCUAUUGGGUACGGCCAUUAGAAAAGAAUAUAACAAAGACAAAGUCAAGUAUGACGAAAAGUCAAAAUUGGCCCUUGAGACUUCCACGGAUGUUCCAAUGAUAAUACCGUCUAAUAAUCCCAUAGACAAUCUCGACGUUAAUAGCUGUGAAUUCAAAGAAGGCGUUGAAAGUCUUGCAGAUAUAUUAAAUAUAUCUAAACAUCCAGAUCACAUUGUUACCUUGGAAGCUAUUCGCACGUUGAUAGCUAAGAGGUUAAAUGAAGAAUGCAUAAAGGAUCCGUUAUCUGUUCUUCCAAAGGGCGAAGCUUUCCCCUUGGAAUUAGUUAAAACAUUCAAAAACAAAUCAAGUAAUCCAGCGGUCGAACAAGCUUUGAAGGUUCUAAGACUUGUACAGGUACACAGGUUACGCGACUUACAAACUUGCAUCAACGAAUGUAUCGUAUCCAUGCAACAAAUCACGUCCAAUCCAAAAACUGAUACUAAACUCGGCAAAGUUGGUUAUUGAAUAGCAAGUUAUGUAGAAGUAUAAGUAGUUUUUCAUGCCUACAAAAUAUACCUUCUUCCUGUCGUGUUUAUUCUUA